GAUCUUGCAAGUUCCUUUUUUAAGCUGAGAAUCGUGAAUAUUUCUGCUGGAUGUGUUCUGUGUGCUGUUCCUGAGUGCGGGGAGUUCGGGCAAGCUCAGAAGUCCCGACAUGGAUGUUGUGACCUGUGAUGAUGUGCAUGUGAACUUCACUCAGGAAGAGUGGGCUUUGCUGGAUCCUUCUCAGAAGAGUCUCUACAAAGACGUGAUGCUGGAGACAUAUAGGAAUCUUACUGCUAUAGGCUACUAUUGGAAAGACCAUAAUAUUGAAGGACAUUUUCAAAAUUCUAGAAGAAAUGGAAGGCAUGAAAGAAGUUAUACUGAAGAGAAACUUUCUGAAUUUACUCAAUAUGAUAAAGACUUUGCAUAUCAGAGUCAUCCUCAAAGGCAUGAAAGAAUUCAUUCUGUAGAGAAACCUCAUGAAGGUAUCCAAUAUUUUGAAGCCUUUGCACAUCACAGUAGUCUCCAAAUACAUAAAAGAACAGAUAUUGUAGAAAAACCCUAUGAAUGUAACCAAUGUGGUAAAGCCUUUGCAUAUUACAGUUACCUUCAAAGGCAUGAAAGAAGUCAUACAGGAGAGAAACCAUAUGAAUGUAAUCGAUGCGGUAAAGCCUUUGGACGCCACAGUCAUCUUCAGAGGCAUGAAAGAAUUCAUACAGGAGAAAAAAGCUAUGAUUGUAAUCAAUGUGGUAAAACAUUUGUACAUCACAGUCAUCUUCAAAUACAUAAAAGAACACAUAUUGGAGAGAAACCUUUUGAAUGUAACCAAUGUGGUAAAGCCUUUGCACGAAACAGUCAUCUCUUAAUACAUAAAAGAAUACAUACUGGAGAGAAACCCUAUGAAUGUAAGCAAUGUGGUAAAGCUUUUGCAUAUCAAAGUGGUCUCCUAUAUCAUAAAAGAAGAUAUACUGUAGAGAAACUCUAUGAGUGUAACCAAUGUGGUAAAGCCUUUGCAUGUCACAAUAGUCUCCAAGUACAUAAAAGAACACACACUGGAGAGAAACCCUAUAAGUGUAAUCAAUGUGGAAAAGCCUUUGGACGCUACAGUUCUCUUCAAAGGCAUGAAAGAAUUCAUACAGGAGAGAAACCUUAUGAAUGUAAUCAAUGUGGUAAAGCCUUUGGACGUCACAGUUCUCUUCAAAGGCAUGAAAGAAUUCAUACAGGACAGAAACCUGAUGAAUAUAGUCAAUAUUGUAAAGACUCACAUGCUGGAGAGAAAUACUUACAGUGUAACCAAUAUGGUAAAGGCUUUUCACAAAACAGUAAUCUCGAAAUACAUAAAGGAGAACAUACUGUAGAGAAACCCUAUUAGUAAUAAUGUGGUUAAACCUUUGGAUAUCAUGGUCAUCUUUGAAUACAUAAAAGAACACAUACUGCAGAGAAACCCUAUGAAUGAAAUCAAGGUGGUUCAACCUUUGCAUGUCAGACAUCUUCAAAGGCAUGAAAGAAACCAUACUGUAGGGAAACCCUGUGAGUGUGUUUAAUAUGGUGACACCUUUGCACAUUUCUAUCGUCUUCAUCGGCAUGUAGAAGUCCAUACUGGAGAGAAACCCUAUGAAUGUAUUUAACGUGCUGAAGUCUUUUCACAUUUCAUAGUCGUCAGCAUUGUGAAAUAACGCAUACCAGAGAGAAACCUUAUGAAUAUAUUUAAUAUGGAGAAGCCUUUGCAUAUUUCAAUAGUCUUCAUUAUCAGGAAAAUAUUCAUAUUGGAGAGAAAUUCUGUGAGUGUAAGCAACGUGGUAAAGCCUUUGUGUUAUGGGGUCUUCUGAGAUCCAAAAAAAAACCCCUCAAACUCAGGUAAUGCAAAUGACAAGAACUUAUUGUAAUCAAGCUGCUACUGAUGGAUCAGGGAUAUGGAACACACUUGGAAACUGAACUGUGACAUGCUGCCUAACCACUUCCCCACCCAGAGCAAGAAUGGUAUAGAGCUUUUAAGUUCAAAAACUAGAAAUAUCUGUGCCAAGUUACAGCUCCAUUUUUUUCACCAAUCAGGAUUUAGGGAUAAGGGCUUUCCAUAUCUAGCUGAUCUGUGUCAACUGAUACAGUUUAAUUAAUCAUAUUCACAUAUUCUUUUGUAGUUAGGAACAGGCAUUAUGUUUUGAGUAACAAAAGAUGAGUAACAAAAGCCAUGGUUAGGGACAGUCAGUAUGUUUUCAUAAACAAAGAUGAAUAAUAGAAGCUGUCCUGCUAUUGGGAAGUCCCCAGCUACUGCAGGGCCAGGGAACUUGAACUUAGGUGUGCCAUAUGAUUAAAUGGAGGCUGAUAAGAAAAAAAAAACAAUGCUUAGGACAAGUUUCUUUUACUUGUUUCCAACAGUUGCUUAUCACAGGUAUUUUUGAAUACUUAAAAGAAUAACAGCAUUGUAGUGAAACUUCAAAUUGUAAUCAACAUGAUAAAGGUGUCUUACAACACAGUUAUAUACAUAGAAGAACACUUACUGGAGAGAAAUCCUAUGAAUAUGCAAUGUGGUAAAUCCUUUGUGUGUUGCAGUAGUCUUAAAAAUCAUGAGAAAAAGUCAUACUGCAAAGGAACCCAUAAAUGUACUCAGGAUGGUAACAUUUUGCACUUGAUGGUAUCUUUAUACAAGAGUAAACCUUUAGAGUAUAAUUAAUCUUUAAAGCCUUUGCAUAUCACAGUGGUCUUUGAGGACCUUAAAGAACUGAUACUGAAAAGAAUCUAUGAAUAAAGGAUUCAGUGUCAGGUGCAACAUGGUUGUGAAUAUGGCUGCACAACAGUUUCAGCUGUGGGAGCACCUUCCAUCUGAAUCAUGCACCUCUGGUUUCUAGUAUACAGAUGCCAUUGCUCUUUCUUGUAUGCUUGACUUUUAUUGCAUUUUUUUAUACUGUAUUUGUCCUCAAAUACAAGUCUGGUAAAAAAUUUCUGGGAAAAGAAUUGGGGGCAUUACCAGAGAAGGAAAUGGCACUGAUGUCUAGUAGGAACAAUCUGUUCUAGCCCUGGCUAUUCAAACAGUCAGUUCAGGCAUAAUGCGACAAGGGGUUCUAUGGAGAUUGACUGCCUUAAUUGUUCAAUGAGACAUUUUUUGCCAAGUCAUGAUGAUAAUGUUGUACCAUGAAAUAUUUGAAACAGGAAAUGUUUUUGAGAAACCUGAAGUUUUAUUAGUUAAAAGAAAUGAAGACCCCCCUCCCCAAGGAAAAGGAACACUUGGCCUGGGUCAUUAAGAACAGGAAUGGCCAGAGAAAACACAAUGAACGAGAUAGAGGAAGGAAUAGCUGGUCUUCUGGUUAAUGGAAUAAUGGUGAGAGCCCCCAUGAGAGAUCUCUAAUAAUAGAAAGUUAGAUGUAGAAAUAUUGGGGAAAAUUGGAAGAUAUAUGUAUAGUACAAAACGUAAAAGGGUGGGUAGAAGUGUUUGUAGCCCACAAGCAGGCCAUUGGAUUAGUGAACUGACCUUCCUGAAAAGAUUGGAACAUACUAAUUUGAUGUCCUGGCAUCGCCUACCUAAGGAAACUAGGGUAUACAUUCUAAGAGAUAGAAUUUGAGGUUGUGAAGGAACCCUGCAAGAAGCUGUAAAAGAAAUUAAUAUUGCAAAUGGAAAAUAAUUUGAAAAACACUGUAGAAAUAGAUGUUCGGAGUUCAGUAAAUUGUAGGAAGAGAUUCUGCCAAGUUAGACAAGCUAAAAAUACUAACAUUAUCCUGACCUGUUUAGCACCUUUCUGUUCUCAUGCUAAUCCUGUAACUGCAAGUUUGUGCCCAGAUGACCUGUGGUGUGAAGGUUUUUUGAGAGUUAAAAGUGAAUGUGUAACUUGCUUUUGCAGACCCUGAACUGUAACUUUAUGUGUGCUUUGUGCUUUCUGGUGAUAUAGGUACGUAAGGUUUUGCAGGAAAAAUAAUGGGUUUGAGGAAAAUAAUGAAAAGGUUUUUGCUUAUGUAUAAUUGUAUAACAAGGAAGCGUGUAACCAAUAAAAGACUGAGGUGAACUCAGAGAGAGAACCUGAAAGCUGUCUCUGAGCACAGCUUCAGAACAAUGAGUCACCUAUCUGUUUGCACUGCA